AUGUCUUUCCCCCAGCUGGGCUACCAGUACAUCAGGCCGCUUUACCCGGCGGAGCGCCCGGGGAGCGGCGGCUCCCGCGGCGGCGCCGAGCUGGCCCCGUCCGGGACCCUCUCCAACGUGCUCUCCUCCAUGUACGGCGCGCCCUACGCCGCCGCCGCCGCCGCCCAGGGCUACGGAGCCUUCCUGCCCUACGCCGCAGAGCUGCCCAUCUUCCCGCAGCUGCGUCCCCCCGCUCCGCCCGGGGUUUUGACGGUCGCGGGGACCGGCCCCGGCAGCCGCCGGCCCCGCCGCGCACACAUAUACUGGCUCAACGAGCAUCGGAAAAAUCCCUACCCCACCAAGGGCGAGAAGAUCAUGCUGGCCAUCAUCACCAAAAUGACCCUCACCCAGGUCUCCACCUGGUUCGCCAACGCGCGGCGGCGGCUCAAGAAGGAGAACAAAAUGACCUGGGCUCCCCGCAGCAGGACGGACGAGGAGGGCAACUCCUACGGGAGCGACCACGAGGGGGAAGAGGACAAGAGGGAGGACGAGGAGGAGAUCGACCUCGAGAACAUCGACACCGAGAACAUCGAAAGCAACAAGGACGAGCUGGAGGACGAUCUACAGGACGCCGACCUCCUGCACUCUGACUCCAAGACGGACUCGGAGGGAUCCGAAGGCUUUGAGGACCUGCCCGGCUCCGAGGAGCGCUACGACAAGGCCUCCGAAGGGGAGCAGCACCACCUCCGCCACCACCACCUGCACCACCACCACCACCAUCACCACCACCACAAGUGCGAGCUGCCCGCCACGGCCGCACCCGUCGGCCCGGAGCCCCUCAAGCCGCCGCUCCCGCCGCCGCCGCCCCACCUCUCUCCCCCUUCCUCUGCCUCUUCCUCCACCGCAUCCUCCCCGACGGACGGCGCUUUGGCCGGCGCUUUGCCGAAACCCAAGAUCUGGUCGCUGGCCGAGACGGCCACCAGCCCGGACAACCCCCGCAAGUCUCCUGGCGGCGGCUCUCCGCCGGCGGCCGCCCCCCAGCCGCUGCCGCUGCCCACCCCGCCACCCCACAGACUCGUCUCCUCCUGCCCCCUGGGCAAGUUCCCCAACUGGACCAACCGCGCAUUCCCGGCCCACCACCACCACCACCACCCCCCGCACCCGCUGGCCUUACUGAACACUCCCCACCUGCUGGGGCUGGGGGCCGCCUCCGCCGCCCCCCCCGCCGCCGCC